AUGAUGAUUAUCGAAAUAUUGUUUUUAUCGAAACAGUCUGAAAUUUUUACUGAAUAUUUUCCAAAAGCGGCAGCUAAUGGCCAAACGGCGAACACGCGCGAACGGCUUUUCGGUGAACAGCCAAAACAACCAACUACACCAUCGAAAGUUUCCAACACAUUCAAAUCAUCAAUUUUUGAUAAUUCAGUUCCCGAGUCACCGACUAGAACACCAAAAAAGACAAUCCCUAUACUCGGUGAGGCAUUUCUUAUUUUUUUAUUAGCGCUGUUCCAAAAUAUAUUUCGCAGCCAAACUCAUGCGUGA